ACUCAUAGUCAUUAUGGCUCUGAAAGCAGAAGGAGUAAAAAUUCUAUUAGGAUUUGUAUUAAUUCUAUGCAUCGGCCGUAGCCAGGAGGUAUCUCUACCUAGUGAUCCUACUUAUAAUGCAGGUGUUGUUGAGUUUGUUCCCGCGAGAGUGGGUCUGCCGAAAGAUUUGGUCAUUGACAACUUGAAACGUAUUAAAGCGAUUAUUGAAUCGGAAGCGACAAAGGACUUGGACAUUUUAGUAUUUCCUGAAUAUGUUCUAAACAAUAUGGAUAUGAAAACCUACAUACCAGAUCCAAACGAGGGCAUUGUCCCCUGCGAGGUAACUAAUUAUGAUUGGUUUUUAACGGAGCUUUCAUGUGCGGCUCGCAGUCGCCAAUUGUAUCUUGUCGUAAAUAUGUUGGAAAAGGAAUUUUGUUUACCCUUUGCAAAUCAAAGGAAAUGUCAUCCAAGUGGUUUCAACACUUUCAACACUAAUGUUGUGUUGGAUCGUCAAGGUCGCGUUAUAUCGCGUUAUCGUAAAUCCCAUUUAUUUCGCUAUGAAUGGUAUAGCACCGAUAUUUUGGAGAAGCCUAAAUUGGCUACAUUUACUACGGACUUUGGCGUGACUUUCGGUCAUUUUAUAUGUUUCGAUAUGUUAUACUACGAACCGGCUGAGCAAUUGGUUAAGGAAAAAAAUGUAACUGAUAUUAUAUAUCCUACGCAUUGGUUUUCCGAGCUACCAUUUCUAACGGCUGUACAAAAUCAAGAAGGUUGGGCUUUCGCUAAUGACGUGAACCUGUUGGCGGCCGAUGCCAGUUAUCCGUCGCAACAAAAUACGGGUUCAGGCAUUUAUGCUGGACGUUUGGGCCGUUUAUCCGCUGCGAUAUUCCAAGAACCUACAACAAAAUUGCUGCUUGCCAAAGUGCCUAAAUCUGAACAUCGUUCGAGCUAUCAAAUGCCUACAACAAUUGAACCUGUAUUCAUGCCUCAGCUUGUAACCCCACGCUUUACUAAAUUAGAUCUGCAAAGAGACUAUAAUGUUGAUGUAUUUACUACAAAGCUGUUAGAGGAUAACUUCACUACAGUCAAUGAGAUAUUGUGCCAUAGAAGUUUUUGUUGCAAUUUUCAAAUAGAGCGUCAAAAAAUUGGCGACUCUCCUAGUCAUCAAGCCUACCGGUUUCGUUUAGCUGCGUACAGCGGCACCGAGACCACGUUUCAGCGUGUGAGCAGCAGUAAUCAAAGUCUUUGUGCUGUGAUAGCUUGCACUGGUUCUGAUUUAUACACUUGUGGCUACAUCUUCCCUGAAAGCGUAGCGGUUGGUAAUAAAUAUUAUUUCAGCAAAUUGCAAAUCAGCGGAGAUUUUAUUAAAGCCAAACGUAGUCUAAUCAUGCCUAGUACUCUUAACGCCAAUAUUAUGCCGCUAAAGCCAAACGUCGACUUUACGUGGCAGGAUGUGGAGAGUUCUAAAACAAAACGUAUAACUUUGAAUCUAUCGAGGCCGCAAAUGGAUUUGUUAACAUUUGCUAUAUGGUCGAAUUACUACUCAACCGUAGACAACACCCAUAACCUAGAUCCUGUAGUUAAUCUUAAACAGCCUAUUGCCCUAACAAGUUCGGCAGUAAUUCCCUUCAGCUUUAAAUCUUUUCAAACAAUUUUCAGUAUAAAUUUGAGCGUUUUACUGAAAUUUCAAUUCAACUAAUUUAGAACUAUGCAAUAAAUGUCAUUGCCAUCAUUUUCCUUUAUUUACCUUCCUUGGAUCGUCUUUCAUGUACUCUCAUUCACAGCAGGCGUUCUCUGAUAUUGUUAUUUUUAUUAUAUUUUAAUAAACAUUUUAUCAUUUGAA